AUGAUGGCCGAGUAUCAACAAGUGCCCACGAACUCCGUGGAAGACAACGAUCCCAAGGGUCGCAUGUUCCAAAAGAACAAAGCCCUGGCACGAGCUAAGGAUCGCCGGGGAUCCACGGCCAUGUCCAUGAACGUCCGAUUCAAGGAUCAGGACAAUGAGGAUGUCAUCUCCAACACAAAGUUCUUCCUUAUGGAGGACAAUAACAAUUAUAACCUGGCCGAGGAAAUCGAGUUGGAGGAGCUCGAGGCCGAAGAUAUCAGCUCGUUCAAUGAUCCGAGUAAACCGCCUCACAAAGGCUGCAAUUGCAACUACAUCCGAUGGUGCACCCUCCGGUUUGUGAUCCAAUCCCUACUUUUCCGAUUGUUCAGCUUCGUCCUGGUCAUUGUGGAUAGCUUCCUUAUAGUCACGGAUAUUAUCAUCGAUUGCCCACCAACCCUGACGUCUCGCAUCAUUGAGUUCAUUGAACUCGGAAUCUCGUCCAUUUUCUUUCUCGAGGUUGGGAUCCGCAUAUUCGCACUCAGUCCCAAAGUGUUCUUCUCUUGGAAGCAUUGGUUCAACAUAUCAGAUUUUGUCAUCGUCCUGGCCACGUGCUCCAUUUCUCUUGUUUACACCAUUGUCAUAGAAAAUUCCAUUGCAAAUGGAGCUUUUCCCAACGGAAGCUGUGAUCCCGAGGAAGAUAUUGAAUUUUUGAAUUUCACCAAGGUCCUGGUUCUCAUGAGGAUCUUCCGAUUCCUUCGGCUCAUUCGGCUCAUUCGCCUGUACACAGAGCAGUAUCAUAUCAAAAGAGCCAUACGUCAAAAAGUGUCACAGAAUAAAAGACGCUAUCAACAUGGGGGAGUUGAUCUAGAUCUUACCUAUGUCACCUCAAGGAUCAUCGCCAUGAGCUUCCCCAGUUCAGGAAUCAUGUCUUGGUAUCGGAAUCCAAUUCGGGAAGUGUCCGCAUUUCUCAACAAGCAUCACGGUUCCAACUAUCGGGUGUACAACCUCUGCAAUGAAAGAACGUACAAUGAUUCCUGGUUUCACAAUCGCGUCUACCGGUGGCCCAUUGACGAUCACAACGUGCCCACUGUCAAUGAAAUGGUGGACUUUGUGGACGAGGUGGUUGAUUGGUUGUGUGAGGACGAGGACAACAUUAUCGCAGUCCAUUGUAAAGGUGGCAAGGGCCGUACUGGAACGAUGAUCUGCAUCCUGCUGAUCGAGUUCGAAAUAUUUAAGGAUGCCAUGACAUCCCUGGAGUUCUUUGGCCAGAGAAGAACCGAUCGAAACGUGUCCAAGCAAUUUCAAGGGGUGGAGACGGCCAGUCAAAUCCGAUACGUGACUUAUUUCGAGAAGCUGCGGAAUCUCCGUCAAAUCUACCCAGAGAAAAUCUGGAUGAAAAUGGAGCGCAUGAAAAUAUCGGGGAUUCGUAGGGUUGGAGCAGGCGACGGUUCGGACCUGUCGUUCCAAAUUGCAAUGGGUCGCACCAGUUGCUUGUAUUUGUCCAAUGACGACCCCACCAAAUCUUGGCUCUAUGACCGAGCCACAGAUUGCCUCACAAUCAUUACCCCAAAAUGUCCCAAGUUCGCCAACGAUGUCCGAAUCAAGUUCUUUUGCAGUAGUAGUACCGUUCCCAAGAUCUACGAACAUUGCGCAUUCUUCUUUUGGUUUCACACGUUUUUUAUUGAUCUGGAUGGCGGGCAAGAAUCCUUGGAUUACAAGAAAGUGUCCUACGUUCCAAUGAAGAGUGAGCAAAGAAGACUGGUGUUGAAACGAGAAGAGAUUGACAACUCACAUAAAGAGACAACUUGGAAGAUAUAUCGAGAAAACUUUGAGAUUGAUAUCAUAUUUAAAGUCAUCAGUUGAUGUUCGAUGUGCAUAAAAAUCCAUAUUUGUUCAUGUUGUGAAUUUGAGCGUACAGCUAAGAAAUCAUUUAUCGGCA